AACUAUAAUUAGUGUCACUUAUUCUAUAUGUCGAGCUAAACCUGCAAAAAUCUUCCAGCUUGUUUCUGACCUGAAGUAAAUGACGUGACCUACUUCUUUUCCCACGAACAAUUAUUUUGUUCAUGUAGAUAAAAGCACCUCCUCACCACAUAUCUGACAAUAUAUAAGUAAAGCACAUUCCAGUGCACAGGCUCACUCCCUACCCAACAGAGGAACACUAAAAGAGUUUCAGCUAUUAUAAAUAAUUUACAGAAUUUUUCAUUUGCCCUUUUAACCCCUCUGCAAAAAGAAUAUUUGGCUUGGGUUAAAAAUAUAUUCUCCACAGAUCAAUUCAGUGCAUGUGUGUGUGCACAGGAAGACACAACUUUACUCUGAGUAGUCUGUGGUUUAGUUAAAUUAAUAGAAUUGCUGUCAUUUAUUCUCCAUUAUGUUGUUCUAAAUCAAUAGGACUUUCUUUUAUCUGCAGGUCACAAGCUGCAGGUAUUGAAAUUGGCGCUUAAAAUCUUGUUUGCUUUGUCAAACCUACCGUUUUGUUUCAGAAGACAUUUACUGUAUUAACCCCUGUUUCGAUUAAGUCUUUGAUUACUUUUACUUUUAUAAUUUCUAUACAUCUAUGGCAUGAGGAUGAGUCAACUAAGCUCUGAGCACAUUGGCAUAAAACAUUAAACAGAAUCAAACAAUACUGAACAUAUGUACAUAUUGAAUUAAAUCACAAAAUUCAUUUGUCCCUUGACCAUAAAAAUUGAACUGUUAUGAAAAAAUGUUGCUUCCGCUAUUAAGCACUUAAAAAUAUUCUCUCCUUUCCUUUCUCUUUCCUUGUCCCACUACAUCAACUAUUUUGCCCUGGGCACCUGAGUUUUUGUAUGGCCCUGGAAUGCUGCAGUGUUGCCAUGGAGACCAGGAUAAACCUAUGCUCCUCCACCAUGCAAGAUGGGUGAGAUAUUUAGGUAAUUGCACAAAGCAAUGGAUGACAAGCAGUCUUGCUUCAAGCAAUUGGAUGACAAGCAGUCUGGCUUCAAAACAAACCACUCCACUGAGACUGCACUGUUAUCGGUCACAGAAGCACUGCGGCUAGCCAAGGCGGAAUCUACUGUAAAUCCUCGGUCCUGAUUCUGCUAGACCUAUCUACAGCGUUUGAGAUUGUCAAUCACCAGAUACUGCUAGCAACCCUGUCAUCUCUAGGAAUCUCAGGCACUCCUGAGGUUCAAAUCCUACCUCUCCGGCAGAUACUUCAGGGUGUCAUGGACAGGCUUGCUGUCCACUGCUCACCACAUGAUCACUGGGGUCCCUCAGGGAUCAGUGCUUGGACCGCUGCUUUUUUCCAUCUACACAUUUUUUCCAUCCCAACAUCCUUGGGGCUCAUCAUACGGGCACACGGCUUCUCGUAUCACUGUUAUGCUGACGACACCCAGAUCUACAUCUUGUUUCACCCAGAUGAUACCACUGUAGCAGCUCGCAUUACAGCCUGCCUAGAAGUCAUCUCAGCUUGGAUGAAAGAGCAUCACCUCCAGCUGAACCCUGCCAAGACAGAACUACUCGUGUUUCUGGCACACCCCACGGUGCAACACGAUCUCACCAUCCAACUUGGCAAUACCACAAUUACUGCUUCCAAAACAGCCAGGAACCUCGGAGUCAUAUUUGAUGAACAGCUGCCCUUCAAUGAUCACAUUGCAAAGACAAUGUGGUCAUGCCGAUAUGCCUUAUUCAACAUUAGAAAGGUUAGACCCUAUCUCACUGAGCAUGCGGCACAACUGCUUGUCCAGGCCCUGGUAAUCUCAAGGUUGGACUACUGCAAUGCUCUCUUUGCUGGUCUUCCUGCAAAGGCUAUCAAACCACUCCAGCUGGUUCAGAACGCAGCAGCACGCCUAGUCUUCCAACAGCCCAAAAGGGCUCAUGUGAAACCCCUUUUCAUCUCUCUCCACUGGCUACCAGUUGAAGCCCGCCUCAGAUUCAAGUCAGUAAUGCUUGCCUACAGGACUAUCACUGGAUCUGCACCAGCAUACUUUCACACCCUCCUACACCCCAUCAAGAACCCUGCGUUCAGCAAACCAGUGGCGUCUUGUAUUGCCUUCUCAUAAGGGCAGUAAAUUGCUUUCCCACUCAUUCUCCUUCACAACUCCUUCUUGGUGGAACAUUCUUCCUAACUCAGUCCGGUCAACCACAUCUCUCACAACAGUCAAAAAACUACUUAAAACCCAUCUCUUCUGUGAAUACUUGACAGCAAAAUGAAAGAAAAAAAACACUAACCCUCUCUCUUUCUCUCAACAGGGAGUGGUCCAGCUUUUGUUGAAACUAGUAACUUUGUAUUAGCACCUAUUGUAUUAUUGCUCCUGUAUGACAUAUCGCUUAUUGCUCCCUGAACUCUCUGUAAGUCGCUUUGGAUAAAAGCAUCUGCUAAAUGACUAAAUGUAAGUGCAUCAAGAACUUUGACCAACUUCGCAAACUGUGUAAUCUCAACCAACACUUCUGGUCUAUGAAAGUUCCCAGCAUGCAUCGGGGCAUUUUCAAAUUCCUGGUUAAAAUGAUUUAAAUGAUUGCUGUUUUAGGGUUUGCUGGCUAUAUUGUUGUUGUUGUUGUUGUUGUUGUUGUCAUUGUAAGUGAACUGUAGUAUUUAUAGUUCCUUUUUUUACUUUACGAUGUUUAAUGAUGUUUGAUGAUUGUUAACAUGAUUGAGGUUUGUAAACUCAGUGUUGAGGUCUGAAGUGAAUGACGCUGUGAUGCCUCUA